UUUUCUUUUUAUCAGUUUUGUGAGCACAGAAAUCCAUAUAAUUUCUCUGCAAGUUGUGCUUAAGGCGUUCGUCUCUUUGUUCAGAAUGAGGUGGUAAGAACACGGUAGGGCAGCGCGAUGGCGGCUGACACGGCGGUGGCUCCUACUGCGGAAGAGACCCUGGAGUCGCUGCUGCGGGAGGCGGAGGCGCUCAAGCAGAAGCUCGAGGAAGAGCGCCAGAAACUCAAUGACGUCACACUAUCAUGUGUGGCAGAGAGGUUGGAGACAAUCAACUUCCCCAACCUAAAGCUGCGCCGUGUGCUGAAGGGUCAUCAAGCCAAAGUGUUGUGUUCAGACUGGUCCCCAGACAAACGUCACAUAGUAUCAUCAUCACAGGACGGCAAGGUGAUAGUGUGGGAUGCGUUCACGGCAACGAAGGAGCUGACGAUCGCAAUGCCGAGCACGUGGGUGAUGGCGUGCGCUUACGCUCCCUCCGGCACCAUGGUGGCCGCCGGCGGACUCGACAACAAGGUCACGGUGUUUCCUCUUGGUGGAGGAGGGGGAGGGGAGGAGGAGCCCUGGGCCCGCAAGCGUACGGUGGCCACGCACACCUCGUACAUGUCCUGCUGCCUGUUCCCCAACACCGACCGCCAGAUCCUCACCGGCGGCGGCGACGGCUCCUGCGCGCUCUGGGACGUCGAGUCCGGACAGCUGCUGCAGAGUUUCCAGGCUCACUCGGCGGACGUAAUGUCGCUGGACCUGGCUGCGUCGGAUAUGGGCGACACGUUUGUGUCUGGGGGUUGUGACCGGGCGGUGCUCGUGUGGGACAUGCGGUCGGGGGCGGCGGUGCAAGCAUUCGACACGCACGACUCUGACGUCAACAGCGUCAAGUUCCAUCCUUCCGGAGACUCAGUGGCCUCGGGCUCCGAUGACUCCUGCUGCAGAUUGUUCGAUCUGCGCGCCGAUAGAGAGGUGGCGCGCUAUACGAAGGAGAGCAUAAUAUUCGGCGUGAAUUCGGUGGACUGGUCGGUGAGCGGGCGGUUACUGUUCGCGGGGUACAGCGACUAUACCGCGUGUGUGUGGGACGCGUUGCGGGCCGCGCGUGUGUGCGUGCUGUGUGGACACGAGCAUCGCGUCACUACAGUACAACUCGCACCAGACGGCACCGCGCUCGCCACCGCCUCAUGGGACGCCACACUGAGGAUCUGGGCGUAAAUAUACGAAGCCAAAACUGCUGUCGAAAAAGGGCGAAGAAGCUGAAAGUAGAAAAAAUACGGCGCCGAGCCGGUCCAGAUCUGUAUUUGUUGAUUUCAUUCCGUCGUUAUAAUUAAGUGUAAUAGAGUGGGGGGGUCGGGCGGAUGUGAACGUGUCAGACACAUCUGAGCCGCCGCUCGACUCUAACUCACGCUCGUCGUUUUAUUCCAAAACACUUUCACGAAUGUCAUGAAGUUCGUGUUAUCUGAUCGUCGAUGCCGUGAUGUGAAAAUUUGUAAAUAAAUCUUACUUAUCGUUGUAAGCACAGACAAUAUUUUGUUAAAUGUAACUUUCGAAAGAAUAUUAUCGUUUCCGCCACGGAUUGUCUGGCGAGGGAUGUAUUAUAUGAAAUUUAACUGCAAUUUUAAUGAUGAAAUUGGAUGAUGUGCACGGUCAGUUGAUAGUAUUUAUAUACAAAUAAUAGUAUAUAUUAUUUAUGUCGAAGCGAACGUCGAAAUAGAUAGAUGCGGGGUGCGGUCAGAAAAGGAGUUCCUCGUUAUCACUGUUGCCGAUAACUACAUCGUGUCGACUAUGAGUAUUAGUAACUUUUAAAUUUAUUCCGAGCGAGCUAUCUGUUCGUUUAUAACGUUCGUGACUCAUUCCAAAAGCCAGCGGAAAUGUGAUCUGGCUCUCGUAGCAUCUUCAAUAAAUAGUUGAUAAGUACAUGAAUAUGUAAGUGGAGAAUUUAGUAUUAUUAUGUGAUUCCCAACAUUGGAACCGCGCGUGUGCGUGCGACCCGUCCCGUAUACGAUGCGAGGACGGAACAACUGCCAAUAAAUGGAAUAUAAAUAUUUGUGAUUUCCAAAGAUGUCGUGUGGUAAUUUGUAAUUAGUUCGAUAGAUUUGUGCAGUAGUUAUAUAUUAUGUAUAUACAGCAUUCGACUGUUGCAAUAUGCAACUUAAAUAUAUACACGUAAGGUUCAGUAAAUGGACGAGAAGGCGGUGGUAGGAUGUGCGGGCACGGACGAUAUGUCGCCUCCGCGGUCUUCACUCCUACGUGUAAAUAAUAAUAUUAAGAACGUUAAAACUGGUCAUAUGAAUCUUAUUUAGUUCUGUAUUUGUUUGUCCUCUGGUGAACAUCUAUAUUACACACUAAGUCGUAUAUAUAUGGUCAGCAGUAGCAGUAGACGACGUAGCGUGUUCAUGGAGGACGUUGUUUUGUUCGCCUGAUUGCAGUAGUUCAAUUAUAGGACUGCUGGGUUUUUUUUUCUCCCAGUAGUUCCAUGGAACAACGAAUGCUGUUUAUGUAACACAAAAUUAUUCACAUCAGAUCCAGUACAAUCACCAUGAGUCUUUUACCAAAUAUUAACUAUUGGUUCUGGUAUUCUUUAACUAGUUUUUAAUAAAUUGGUAAUCCUUCAGACGGAUACAAAAUCAAGUGUCAAAUGGAGUUCAGUGAAGAUCGCCUAUUGAUAUUAAAAAAUUGCUAACCUUUUUUCGGUGAUUACGAUUUAAGAUUGUGAGUUGAGUGAGCGAAUACGACUGCUGAUCGUAUAUAAAGAUCCGUGAUUAUACUGGAUCUAAUGGGACUAAUUUUGUCUUGAAUAAACAGCAUUCGCGGUUCCAUGGAACUACUGGGAAGAAAAAUCCCGGCAAUCCUAUAAUGGAACUACUGACAUCAGGCGAUUUGUUCUAUAGUUAGUUUGGUUUCGUGAAGCACCGCAGUCCGCGGCGUGUAAUACGCCACCUCAGUGUCGAGCCACUUCUAUUCUAUACCAAAUAAAAAUGAAUGUU